AUGUACUCACAGCGCCCACUUUCGUAUGCGCCGACCCCCUACAGCUACACACCCAAUCCCGCCCGGUCGGCCACAAUCAACCUCGAUGAAGAAGUCAAACUAGCAUCCAGCUCAGCCGAACGUGACUUAUACGAGUCACUAGCCGAAAUCUACAGCAUCAUCGUCACCCUCGAUGGACUUGAGAAAGCAUACAUCAAGGAUGUGGUCACCGAGGCAGAAUAUACCGAGACAUGCACACGACUAUUGAAGCAAUACAAGUCCAGUCUUGGAGAUGAGACAGUGUCGCGGGAAUUCGUGGACCUGGAAACCUUCAAGCGGACGUGGGGGUUGGAAUGCCCACGAGCUACAGAGCGACUGCGCAUUGGUCUUCCGGCCACAGUUGAGCAAGCUUCUCAUGGCGGACCAACCUCUAGUAUGGGCGCAGCAACUACGGGACCGGCUGGCGGUGCCUCGGGUAGUCUCAUUCUGGCAGCAACCGAGAACUUCAUCACCUUCCUCGAUGCAUUGAAACUCAACAUGGUAUCUAAGGAUGCACUGCAUCCACUUCUAUCGGAGGUGAUCCAGUCUGUGAACAAGGUGACAGAUACUGAUUUUGAAGACCGCGGCAAGAUCAUUCAGUGGUUGAUCGCAUUGAAUCAAAUGCGAGCUACUGAGGAGUUAAGUGAGGACCAAGCGCGCGAACUUGCAUUUGAUAUUGAACAGGCUUAUCAGGGCUUCAAGGCGACGUUGAACUGA